AUUAGCAUUAGCAGUGUAAUAGAGUGUUCAGAUACAGUUAAUUUACAUGAACCUACAGAGACACACAGGCGGCUCAUUUAGGUCUCAGGGAGUGUGAUGGUGGAAUCUUCUGACUGACCCUCUCAUCAUCAUCAUGAUGAGCGUCCAGCACGUCGUCCUGCUGCUGCUGCUGUCGUGUGCACACGUCCGCGUUCACGGCGUUAGCGGCGGCGGCGGCGCGGCGUCCAUCGUGGCCAACGUGACCAACGUCACUAAUCCGGAGGACUGCGACGUUUCUAAGUGUCCCUCUGCACCCUGCACUCGAGGUUUCUUCUGGGAUCAGAGGUCCACGUGUGUGUUCCUAAACUGCGCUGACGACGCGUCGUGUGAUCGGCUCAUAGCAGAACUGGGACGGAGCGCUCAGGAUGGUGAGCCGAGUCCCUCAGCUCCGCCUAAAAGCUUCUCAUCAGCUACUGCUCAUGUUCCUCAUCCUGCUCCUGAAUCAAACAUCAGCAGUAACACCAGCAGCUCCUCCAAAAUUCUCCAACCAGAGCAGAGCUCCUCAUCAAGCCCUGGUUCCUCACCUGAGGAACAUUCAACUGGGUCCUCACAGGGGACACGCCUGACCCAGUCCACGGAAAACGGGCAUCAGACGAUCCCACCUCAGAUAUCUAACAGUUCCUCACCAGACGUACAACCAGGUGGUUCUUCACAAGACGGUCAACCAGGUGGUUCUUCACAAGACAGUAAACCAGGUGGUUCCUCAAAAGAUGGUCAACCAGGUGGUUCCUCAAAAGAUGGUCAACCAGGUGGUUCCUCAAAAGAUGGUCAACCAGGUGGUUCCUCAAAAGAUGGUCAACCAGGUGAUUCUACACCAGAUGGUCCUUCACAGGUUGGACAACCAGGUGGUUUUUCACCAAAUGGACAUCAAAAUAGUUCUUCACCAGAUGAACAACCAGGUGGUUCCUCACAAGACGGUAAACCAGGUGAUUCUACACCAGAUGGUCCUUCACAGGUUGGCCAACCAGGUGGUUUUUCACCAAAUGGACAUCAAAAUAGUUCUUCACCAGAUGAACAAACAGGUGGUUCCUCACCAAAAGGACGACCAGGUGGAGAAGCAGGUGGUUCUUCACCACAUGUGCAGCCAACUGGUUCCUCAAGUGGGAACCAGAAUACUCCUUCACAAGAGGGUCAGCAGAUGUCUUCAUCAGUAGAAAAUGACCAUCAGGGACAGAAUAGCUCCACCACCGUGAUCACUCCAACCACUUCCACCACAACCACCACCACUAUCGUCACGGCGACAACCACCAUAGCAUCAACAACCAGCACUACAGUUAAAGCUACCUCAGCUUCCACCAGCACCACGGCUCCACCGGCGACCACACCGAAGCCCACCACUCCCAAAGCGGGACCUUCCACCCCCCGUACCACCUUCAUCCCGGUGCUCCUGUCCUCCACCUCAUCGCCGACGGUCCCGCGCGUGGUACAGGUGACGUUCGGGAGGGACGAGGGCGUGGUGGAGGCGGCGGGCGGGUCGUUGACGAGCCACGUGGUGAACACCAGCUCGCUCCUGGCGGCGCUGAUCUUCGGCGUGCUGUUCUUCACCGUGACGGUGGCGCUGUUCCUCAGGCACGCCUACGAGAGCUACAAGAGGAGGGACUACACGCAGGUGGACUACCUGAUCAACGGCAUGUACAACGAUUCGGGGCUCUGACCGCUAACGAAACGGGGUACAGGGACGCCCUCCGAUCUGGCGCUAACAUCAGAUCUGCGCGAAAAUUGCCGUUUCCCAGUCUUGCUCUCAUGUGUUGUUUCUUGUGUGAGCAGCAGGUGGCGCCAGAACGUCCAUCCCAAAAAAAUUCUACACACACGGGACUUAUCCAAAAGUAUUCGAAGUACGUCUGUGGGAAUUUGUGCCCAUACAUUCGAAGCUCCCGAUGAGGAGCAGGAACGUUUUUUUCUAUGCAGACGAGGACUUUCAGCCACUAAUCGCCCCCCGUUGAUUGUCGUUCUGUGCGGCCGACGGCGCGAACAUUCGUCUAUUAUUAUUAGUAGUAUUAAUUUAAUCACGUCUUCCGUGUGUUCAGGUUCAGGUCGCGCCACCAGGUGCCUUUUCUGAUUGAUUUAACCCUGAUUCGUUUCAUCAUUUUGUAUAUUUGUUUGUUUGUUCGUUUGUUUGUAUCCCUGGGGGGGUGUGAGGGGGGUGGAGAACGGAUGCCAAAUCAGCGACCGGAGCACACGGAUAAAAAAAAGCCAAGGAACUGUAAAGCCAUUACGGAGGUGUGCUGAGGCGUGUCUGAUUUUUCUACGUCGGCUCGUUUGUGCCAAUCGAAUAAAAAAAAAAAGUUACUAAUGCACUUUGAGAAAUGAAGAAUGUUUACUCAUAAAAUAAACAAACAAGAAAAUAAAUAAACAUAAACAAAGAA